UUCAGUAGUUAAAACUUUACUUAAUAUUUACUUACUGCUGAACUCGCAUCUAAUUUCAUCUGAUUACUUGUAAACCUGACUUUGUUUUUAAAUUAUUUCCCAAUUUUAUUAUUUCUGAUGUUACGUCCUCCUCCUCCUCUUGUGUUUGUCGGCGGUUAAGAAACAACGUUAUGGUUCAGUACCGCCACCAACCGGUAAGGAGUGUAGAUCGAGACCUCAAGCCAAAAAAUAAAUCAAAAGAAGCGGGGGUACCUAUAUAUUUUAGCAUACGAUAUUUAACUUCUUCCUAUCCUCAAGCUUUACCGCUUUUUACCUCCAGAUGUGUCUCCGUACUUAAAAGAUAGUGCUGCGUCGUUACCAUGACAACUAGUAUUCGUACGCCUUUUCCGUGUUUGAGUUGUAAAGUGAAGUAUAUACUACAAUAAAUAAAUAAAUACGUGAAUGACAGUCGUGGGAGGUGGACGACAACUUCAUAGUCAACGACAGAGGGACUUGUUUUGGUAAAUGAAGGUUGCAUUGAUGGCGGAAGUCCCACCAGACGACGAUACAUCUAGCGGUGCUGUUGCGGUGACCGAAGAAACCAAACAUGAACAGUUAGCCUCGGACGAAGCUGUCACGUUCAUAUCUGAUAUUGAGCCUGUAGAGCUGCAGAAGUGUGUGUUUGCUGAGUCUCUGAUCAUGGUGUCAGAGGACGGCAGAGACCUUGGGGAAUUUAAUGUGAAGGUGGAGUUUGCUAGUAGAGUCCAGCAGCCCUGUAUAUUAGUGCAUUCUCAGAGCCAGGGAUCUACUGAUGGCUUCCCUUUUGGAAUAACAGUGACAGCCUACCUAACUGUUGACCUGGAGGUGCUGGAAGAGGACUACUAUGAGUAUCUAAAACUUGAGGACCACACUGUGGAAAAGAGAUGUCACAUGGUGAAGCAUGAUGGGCAGAUGGAGAUCAAUAAAGUUACCACUGUAGGAGAGGAGGUGACGGAAGAGAGUGCCUCGUACCCCAUGUCUGCCCUGAGAGGGCUGGUAACUGAGGGUUCCCACUUUCUGCUGAUGCGUCUGAUCGCUCUAAGGAGAAAAGUGCCAGAGCACAUGGUCUUUGUCUCCUUGGACCAACAAUUAAAAAUGAUCCACAUCAUUUUUAGUGAGCUGGGUUUAAAGCAGCUGGAGGUUGGCAGUGAGGUCCUGGAGGUGUUCGGGGUGCAGAGGAUUGUUCACUGUGCGGACAACAGCCCCACCAUCUGGCAGUGCUAUUUUCUGGAUGACGGACGCUUGGCCAGCCGAAUGCAGGUGGGGUCACCUCUCAUCAUGAGGCUUCUGCAGCUACCAUCAGAGAUAGACAAAGGUUUUAAGAAGAACUCACUGGUGUUGGAAGAAGACAUGCAGUUGCACUCUCACUUCCUGGACAGAAAGGACGAGCUGAAGGCAGACCACGCUUUGUACCUGAGACAGCACCCAGAGAUCCGAGCCCUCAUUUCUGACUUCCUGCAGUCCUUGCUGCUGAGGAAACCAGAUGAUGUCCUCUUGUUUGCCAAGAAAUAUUUCCUCUGUUUUGCCCCCAGUUCUCCUCCAGAAACAAACCGGAACACCCACUUACCCUGAAAGUACUCUCCAGAGCAGAUCUCAAAUGUAUUAAGUUGUAAUUUUAUAACUUGAUGCCCAUUUGUCAUAUUUUUUCUAUAAGGAAUAAACUAGUUUAAA